CUUCUUCAUCGGGCGUAUGUCCAAGGGUCGCGCUACUACAAGACAGCAGAAUGCUUCCUCUUCUUCCUCUAUCCAUUUAUCAGCGACUGUGAUGAUCCAGUUGUCCACACCCGCUUCUAUCCGCUCCUAAAAGAAAGAAUUACGGAACAAAUUGGGGCAGCAGGAGAUGGACUUGCCUUGGCCAUGCGCCUCGUCGUUUGUCAUUUCACGGGAGUGAGAAACGGUAUCGAUCUCCAGACUCUUGGAGCUUUCCAAUGCGAAGAUGGAGGAUGGGACACUCGUUUAAUAUACAAAUGCGGGACUUCGGGCCUCAGUAUUGGCAAUCGGGGUUUGACGGCAGUAAUGGCUAUCCACGCUAUCCAGUGUAGUAGUAGUCUGGCCAGUUCUUAA